AUGCUUUUCACUUCAUUUCUCGACUUUGCACCUCAAUAUUUCCAUUGACGGCGAUGGCGCCAGUAGGGAGGCAGCCAAGUCAGGUAUCCAUUGGGAAAAAGCCUAUGGCGUAUCCUACGACGCAGCCGCAGGCAACGCCAGCGCCAGCGAAGAGUGCACGCGCCGCAUCGAAAGCCCCGAUUCCACCGAAUGCGUAUAACAAUAACACGACGACGAACGCCCAUCACCACCCGUCGCCACCGCCGUCGAAGCGGCCGCCAGCAACGAUGGUGCCGAGCAUCACCAAAGCCAACAAAAUCUGGAGCACGAGCAGCACGGAAGAGCGCGAACGGAUCAAGGAUUUCUGGCUUGGCUUAGGCGAGGAAGAGCGCCGGAAUCUCGUCAAGAUUGAAAAAGAUACGGUGCUGAGAAAGAUGAAGGAGCAGCAGAAGCAUAGUUGUAGCUGUGCCGUCUGCGGUAGGAAGAGAAACGCUAUUGAGGAAGAGCUGGAGGUGCUGUACGAUGCAUACUACGAGGAGCUCGAACAGUAUGCUCACCUCCAGCAGCGGUACGUCUCUUCGGGUGGCCCUCCGCCACCUGGUCCAGGGCCCUUCCCCGGAUCCGUGGAGCUCGACAAACACGGCGCCGUCAUCAACCACAGUCCGAAGAAGACGGCCGCGAAGCGACCUCAGUCUGUCCAGCAGCAGCAGCAGCAACAACGGAAAUCGGGCGUGGUAGCGCCACCACCUACUCCCAAUCGCACCAAGCAGCGGCAUAAGCAUCCGAGUGAUUUUGACGACGACGAGGAUGAAGAGGGAGAGGAAGAGGAGGAAGAGGAAGAGGAUGAAUACGAAGUUAUGGACGAGGAAGAAGGCGAUGAUGAGUACGAGGAGGACGAUGAGGAGGAAGAGGCACCACCUGUACAGGUAAAACCUCCGGCGCAGCCACAACCUCCACCCACCAAACCCGCUCGAGACGGCCUAUUCAGUCUUGGGAGCAGUUUGACUGUUACUGGUCCGGGGAACAUCCUCACGGUAGCUGACGAUCUGCUCAAGAACGACGGGCAAAAGUUUCUUGAGAUGAUGGAGCAACUGGCUGAGCGACGGAUGCAGCGAGAGGAAGAGGCCGCAGGAGAUGUUGAGAGUGACAGCGAGGAUGAUGAUGACGAAGAUGAAGACGACGAAGACGGCGAAGGUGAUGACGAGGACGAAGAUGAUGACGAUGAUGAUGAGGAAGACGACGAGGAAGAGGAAGAGGUGUGAUUGAGUUCACCCUACCUGACUGUAAUCUUACUCGUUGCAGAUUCUCACCGAAGAGCAGAAGAUGGAGGAAGGCAAGCGCAUGUUCUCCAUCUUUGCAGCGCGAAUGUUCGAGCAGCGAGUGCUCCAGGCUUAUCGAGAAAAGGUGGCACAGGAGAGGCAACUGCAGCUUCUACGCGAGCUCGAGGAUGAGGACAAACUGACGAAGGAGAAAGAGAUGAAGAAGCAGCGCGAGAAGGAAAAGAAGAAGGACAAGAAGCGGUGUGUGACUUGAACGUCUAAACGGUGACUGCGCAGAAAGCUGCUUCGAAAGCUGCGGAGGAGGCGGAAGCCAAGGCUCGACAGUUGCAGCUGGAAAAUGAACAGCGCAAAAAGCGAGAGGAGGAACGGCUG